AUGUUCUGCGGAUUUAAUGUCUUCACCCUAAUGGCUUUUUUUAUUUCCACGAAUUCAGAGAUAUUCAAACCGCCUAAGAGCGGUGUCGGUAAGAGUAGUGACGAAAAUAGCUCAGGCGUUUUGUGCUCUGAAGCACUGAACUGUACAUGCCUCUUCGAGGAGCUUCGUGUGACUGUGAAAUGCACCUCUGCAGGCGAUAAACUUGAUAAAAUCGCGUUUCAACUUCCACAAACGACAACGCAGUUGUAAGUAGUAAAGUUUUAAUUUUUAAUAAUUUAGUUGAAUUUUAGCUACAUUUGCACAUUUCUUCUUCAAAUUUUUCCGUUACUAAAAUAUUCCGCGAGAAGAUAUACCUAUAUCUUUAACAAAUCUUGAUACUCUGUGAUAGCCAGUGCGAUGAAAUCAAUUCUCGAAGCAUCUCCAUGAGUGCCUCUUGUCCUGAUUCUGCCUCUUGAAUACAUGUGCCUUAGGAAAAAACAACAUGAAUAUGCAUUUUUCGGUAAGAUUUCAGCACAGCACAUACUUAAUUAUGCAUACAGUUCUUGCAUAAAGAAAACAAUGGCGAAACCAACAGAUUUUCCUUGAGGACUAUGGAUUUGUAUUAUAGUAGUACGAGGCAGUGCGGAAAUCUUACCUUAUUUUCCUUACUGAAUAAAAUUUAUGUUUCUUAACAUGUUCAUUUAUCGUUCAAAUUACAAUAGUGAGCGAAUAUUCAGUUAUGCCAAGAUGACUUGUGGCUUCCCACCCUAAAGUACCGUUUAUGGAGAAGAGUCAAAGUUCUCUUGAAUAAGAAUCCUAACUAGAGAAAGAGUUGCAUCUAAGAUUUUUGGUUAGCUCGUAUUUCAGAUCUAAUUCAUGUUUUCCGGCUGUCUUUGUCAAUUCAACAUCGACAGAAUUUUAAGGAACAAUGGAAUAUCCAACCUGCUGCCACUGAUAGUUCUCAGCUCCUUCAAAGCUCUGAAAGUGUUGUAAGUAAAACAAAUAUCUCUUUGUUAAUUUAUCAACAAUUGUACUGUCAUUCCACGGAGAGAAUGAAAAUAGAAGUGUACUGAACUCGGUAGAAGCUGACUCAAUGGUCAAACAUGUUUGCACGUCUACACGCUAAUGAUCACGAGUCAUCAUACUGUGUUUUUUGGAAAGACACUGAUUCCCAUGAAAGUGAAAUGCAUAAUGCUUAUUGUGCAUACCAUAAUACAAUCAACCACAAUACAAUCACCAUGGUUAAACAGCUUAAAAAUGGUUUGAGCCUGAGAAGUACCAUACAACUGUUGAAAAACUUUACAAAAUGGUGGGUUACCUGGGAUGGGAUAACUUUCUGCCCAGAAGGAUGUGGUAAUUCUCCAAGCCGUUCCAUUGUGGGAAGCUGACAGAGAAAAGCUUCGACGAUAAUGGGCUACUAAGGCUCGUAAGCUGUAAACUAAGACUAAGGCAAAUGGUGUGGUAAAGAAAGGGGUAUACUUUCUUCAUUGAAAGUUUUGUUUUCAAGAAUAAACGAUAACCUAUGACAACCUUUAUUUCAGUGAAAGGGUAUUUAGCCCGAGAGGACUAACGGAAGCACAAAGCAAGAAUUUAAGACAAACCUAUGAUACUUUUAAGUUUUUAUUCAAAAAAGACUUGAAAAUAAAUUGCAACAUGAGCUUUUCAAUGCAAAGCCUAAAGAAAUUCUAUGUAAUGCUAUUAAUAAAUAUAUUUCGAUAGGUUUAUGUUUCUUAUUCAGUUUUUAAUAAAAACAAAAACUUAGAAUAAGCAAAUCUCAUUCAUAACAAUAACGUGAAUUCGCCCUAAUAAAGAAGCCGCGCCUGCACCCCAGGUGACAAAUUUUUACGUUAACUACAAGUCAAAAUGCAUCUACCUUGCACUAUCUCCUUUCCUUUUACCCCGCACACGCAUGCAGUGUGUAAAGUCCAGAUGGGCCAGUUAAGCCAACAUGAAAAAGGAUCCUUUUGUUUUUGUUCAAGAUAUCUUUACCUUUAAGAAGAAAAUUGACUGUAUUAUAUAUUUUCUAUAUAUAAUUUUUUAUGUUGCUUUGCAAAGUAAAAUUAUGUAGUAUGAUAUUUAAGCUGCAGUAAAUUGAAAGUUACCGAAUAUUUAAUUUUCAUUUUGUUUCUGACAAAGGAAUGGCUGUAAGAGUGGUACUUGGUGCAUUUUAUAUUUGCCUUCAAUUAUGCAAGUAACAGCUACAAUAGAACACAAAAGGCCUUUUGUUCAAUACUAAUUUCAGAUUCAUUGGAAGGCCAUUAGCAGUCUUUUGAAGCAAUUUAAAGGAAUUUUGCGUUAAACCUCAACGUCUUGUUAAUUUCUUUUACCAACAUAAAUACAUCAGUUCGACACCCACCCUAACCAACCUAUCAUAAAUAGGUAGCAUGCUUAUUUUGUAAUUUUUCGUCACACAUUUAAAGCUCCUGUUCACGAAAGUGCGUUGAACAUGUUCCAUUCGUUACUAACACCCUUUUUCAUAGUAGGCCUGAAAAGCUUUUCACGAACGUUGCUGAUAGCAUCCUUGUGUCAAGCUCAUUCAUUUAAUUGUUUGUGCAGGCGUCCACGUCUUCUCAAUACGUUCAAAAUCGAAAACGGCAUACUCCAAUUUUCUCAAUUCACAUAACUUUUCAACACAGGGAUCUCCGAGACAAUUUAAUCACUACACCAGGCAGUGUUCAGGUGGAACGUGUCCUUGGAAGGCUAUCGAAAGUGUAAGUUUUACUCUUUCAUAAAUUUUUUUCUGCCAGGAGGAAAGAGUCGGAGAAGAGGGCUACUGCGGGUACGGAGGUGGGAGACGAGGGGGCGGGGCGAGGAUGGGAAGCCUGAACACAGAUUUUUAGGGUAAUAUUAAUCGAGCCUGAAUCUCAAUAGACCACAUUAAAGCUCUCAUGAGUUAUUGGUUGUUAAUCAAGUCCUUUCUCUUCCAAUGCAAUGAUAGAGACGGAGAAGUAGUCGAUUAUAUCUAUGAAAAUUGAACUGAAGUUUCCGGCGGACUCGUUUGGUUACUCAGAGGGUCUCAAUGGGGUUAACCGUUAAUCGUAAAACUGCAAAAAAAUGUAGCCACGAGGUGUGAAAAUUGACAAAAUUUAACCGCUAGUCGUAAAAAAAAAGGUAACUGUCACCUCCACAUUACAGAGUCCUCAUACUUUCCCGCGGCUGACGGGGGUUUCAAAAGGAGAAAUGUAUGUCCUGAAAAACUCCAACCGGCUUAAAGCGUCUUUAAUAUCUGUUAUCUACGGAAUUCUUGGAAGUUUUCCUUUACGUUUUCAUUCCGUGGCCGAUUGUAUUAUUUAUUUUUAUUUUUAUUUACAUUUGCGUUUUGCUGGCUUACCCACUUUUCAAGCCUUUGGUUAAACGAUAAUCUCUUCACAGUUUACUGGACAACAACCCUCUGGAGUGCGACUGUGGAAUUACUCUCUCUCUUUGGAGAGCUGAAGUGACUGGCACGUGUGCAAACCCACCUCAUCUAAGAGGAGUUCAAAUUAACACUCUCCACACGGAGGCAUUCAAAUGCGGUUAGUUCAACGAGGACUCUCUAAGUGGAGAAUUAGUGAUAGGGUAUAUCUUAUCCUUCCGGAAUUUUGCUCCUUGUAAUGAGCAAAACUCUGUAGUUUGGUGCGCUCGAGUAAAUUUCCCGCAAUUUGUUUUUCUUUAAGCCACGCGAAGGCUAGUGUGCCUCAAAGAUAGUUCAGUAGCUGCAAAUAACUUUUGCAACCGCUUCCCUAAGCGAAAGUUGUUUAUUACAUUGUUUUAUAUACAUUUCUGAUUUUAAAAGACUGAUUUAUUUUCAUACUGAAGCUGAAAGCUGUGCAAAGCUCUUCACCCGUGGAAGACGCUCGAAUGGUUUUUACAAUAUACACAAACCCUACAUCGUCCAAGUUCCCAAAAAGGAAAGCUACAUUCGGUUGUGGUGCGACAUGGAAGGACCUGAUGGCGGAUGGACUCUGCUUCAACGCCGCAGCAAUGCUACUUUUAGCUUUUUCAGAGACUGGGUCUCUUACGAAAAAGGAUUUGGCGAGCCUGGCUUUGGGUAUUGGCUCGGAAAUAGCAACAUACAUGCUCUAACGUUUAAAAGGAAGUAUGCGCUCAGAUUUGAAUUCCCAGGUUAUUUUGAUGAUCAAAAACAGAUGCUGUUUUUGGAGUAUGAGAAUUUUCAGGUGUUGAGUGCCAUUACUGGUUAUAGGAUACAAAUUGGAAAUCAUCGAGGUAACAUAAUGGAUUUCUUCCUUAACAGUAACAAUUCUGCUUUCUCCACUUGGGAUCGCGAUAACGACCAGGUACGCUAUGCUACAUGCGCAGGGAUAAAUAGAGGAGCUUGGUGGUAUGCAAAGGAUUGUUAUAUACCUGAUCCCAACAGCAUG